AUUACAGCCCAUCACUUUAUCAGAUUAUACUGACCACUUAAAGUGCUUUACAUUAUAGCGACAUUGUAAAACCUUUAAGUCUGCCAGGCUUUACAUACUUCCCAAUGGAUUUUGUAAGCAAUCUCUCUCUCUCGCUCUCUCUUUUUUUUUUCUCUGUCUGUGGUGACUGAUACCUUUACAGCUGUGGUUUAUACUCUGUUGUAAAAACUAUGUCAAGCAAUGUACAUUGGAAGCCUGGUGGAGUUUUAUGCCUGACAUUCUAUUUAAAUAAAUAAUUCAAAAGAAGAUAAAUCACAUUUUUUAAUUGAUACUGGUGAAAAACCAUUUAUUAGUACUUCAAGUAUUUUACGAGCAAGUGAUGAAUUUGUAUUGAUUUUAGUUGUCUUUUUAUUUUGAAAAAGUGAAAGUUAAAAGAGGAAGUGGGCUUUACGAAUGAGAGAUUUACUUGUCAUUUAUUGGUCAAUAAGCAGGAAGUAACGGUCCCAACAGAAAAACACUCCGUGCGCUACAGUUUUCGUGAGGAUGUCGCUUCUAAUUAUUUGUUUUUAACGCUUGUGACUGUCUAGUCGGAGUUUCAAGUUCAGAAUGUAGUUGAUCUUCAUCAGUAAAGUACAUGGACUGUUAGCCACUGUGGAGCUAAAGCAGCUAACAGAAGGGAGUUAAAGUUUAUGCUUUAGUACUAGAAAACGAGACUGCAGGAGGAAGACCACAUCGCAUUUGGACAUCUCCUCUAACUUUGUUGUCCAGCUGAGGUCCGAGAGACCGGGGACAAUUACAGAGUGGACCUAGAUCUAUCUACUGACCAAGUUACAGGAGAAAAAAGCAGGGAGUCCAGGUUAUGUGGCUGAAACCUUGAACCACUGGAGCAUGUGAAGGUUGUAAACAAGGAUUGUGAAAAGGAGAAUCUCGGGUGGAGUGAGGAUGUCUGAGAUGAUGAAGGUUGAAGCAGAUGAACCUGGAGGAUUCAGCGCAGCUUCAGCGUCCAAAUCAGAACGGCAUCAGACACAAAACAGCCAAGGUCUCGUCUGUUGGAUGUUGGUGGUUAAAGAGGAGGAUCCCCAUGACUGGAGCUCUUUUUCAGACCAGCAGGAGCCAGAACCCCCCCACAUAAAGGAGGAAGAGCAGGAACUGUGGAUCAGUCAGGAGGAAGAACAUCUUGCCGUGAAGAGAGAGGAUGAAGAAAAACCUCAGUUAUCAGAGCUUCAUCACCUCACAAAUGAAGGUGACGGAGAGGCAGAAGCUAAAACCAGCAGUUUAUCUGAGCAUGUGCAAGCAGAACCUGACGGAGAGAACUGUGGAGGACCAGAACUUAACAAGAAUUCAGAUCCAGUCUGCUCUUCCCAACAAAGGGGACUGAAGGGUCACAGCACAGAUAAAGAAACUAUAAUCUGUCCCAAACCUAGGGAUGAGCUUGAAAUUGGUGUCGCAGUGAAACCAUUUGGUUGCGACAUUUGUGGGAAAAGAUACAAACAGAAGACUUCAGUUAAAUUACACAUGAUGACCCACACCGGAAAGAGAGAACAUAGCUGUGACCUUUGUGGUAAAGGAUUUAAAGAAAAGCGUUCUCUUCAGGCUCAUAUGACUCUCCACACUGGAGAGAGGCCAUUUGCUUGUUGUGUUUGCAGCAAAAGAUUUUCAUGCCAGGCCAUCCUAAACAGACACAUGCAUCUUCACACAGGAGAGAAGCCAUUCAUUUGUGGCGUUUGUAGUAAAGGAUUCUCCCGACAAGCCAAUUUAAGGAGACACGUGCGUGUUCAUACUGGAGAGAGGCCUUUCAUUUGUAGUUUUUGCAGUAAGGGAUUUUCACUGCAACAGAAUCUAAAGAAUCACAUGCAUCUUCACACGGGAGAGAAACCGUUUGUUUGUAGUGUUUGCACUAAAGGAUUUUUACAACAACUUAAUCUGAAAAACCACAUGGAGGUUCACAAAGCACCAUUCACCUGUAGAGAUUGCGAUAAACGUUUUGUCAAGGAAAUCCAGUUACAGCGACACGUGAGGCUCCACACAGAGGAGAGGCCGUUUGGUUGUGAUGUCUGUAAAAGCAGGUUUACCCAUAAGUGCAACCUGGAAAGUCACAUGAGAGUCCAUUCAGGAGAGAAACCUUUUGUUUGUGAUGUGUGCAGGAAAGCAUUUUCACAACAAGGAGAUCUGAAGAGACACAUGCGUGUUCAUCAGUGCGUCUAGUCUUCGUAUUGGGCAGUGGUUAAUGCUGCUGUCUCACAAUAAGAACGACAUAGAUUUGAAUCCUGGGUGUUUUUGUGUGGAGGUGGCAUGUUCUCUCCACACAACCGUAGUUCUCUGGGAACUCUGACUUCCUUCAGCAGUCCCAAAAUGAAUAUGUUAACUGGUAUCAAUCAAAGUCAGUUAAGUUUAUUUGUAUAGCACGUUUCAACAACAAGGCAGUUCAAAGUACUUUACAUCAUAAAAACACAAAAAUACA